CAGUUGUCGUCAAGUUUUAGUCGUGUUCAAAAUUUCCGUGAAGUGUAUAUUAAUUGAAUACAUUAAAAUUAAUAAAUUAAAAUAAAGUUUCAGAGUGAAAACAGAUAAAUAGUAUUUCAUAAAAUAAAAUCUUUUAUCAAAUAAUAUUAUCAGAACGUAAUAAAAUAAUACGCAAACGUUAGCCCCAAAAAAAAAAUAUUUCUCCUCUAAAUGGCCAUAAUCCAUUAAAUAUAAUACAAAGUCUACAAACUGGCAACGCUGCAGUGCAUCGAAUGUAAAUUGUAGAGAAUUUGUUUAUUACGUUCAUUUAACUAAAAUUGUGAUAAUAAUAAUAAAUAACAUAUUGUGAAAAAAAAAAUUAAUAAUCCGAAUAUGGCUGUUGAGGUAUCUCAUCCCUCAACCGAUCAGCCGCAGCAACCACUGUUGGCUGCUCAAAAUUCCCUCGAACAAACAUUCGUAUUUUUCCUCAACUCCACACAGCGCUAUGUCAAUUUGUACUGGAUGGACUUUAAUGGUCGCCAGGACUUUUUUACCAUGCUUAAACCGGGCGCAGGCAUUAAGGCAAACACUUUUGUAACCCACCCAUGGAUAUUCCGUGACUCACAGACUGGCGAACGUAUGCAGGUAAAACAUCAAGAUAUAUUUUGGCCACAACUUUACAGGGUACGUGAUCCACAGAACCGUUGUCAAUGGAUACCUUGUCGUAAAUUGAUAACCAUACAUCAGCCUGUGCGUUCAUUACGUUAUACCAGUCUGUGGAAUUAUGCCAAACAAAUAUAUGGAAAUCAAAGGGUCGUAUUGGAACGGGAAGACAUACCAAAUAUUUUGAAACGUGACUUGAGUAAUGUAUUGAAAUUAAUAGAAAAACAUCAGGCAAUGGGGGUAAGAGGAAGGUAGCUGUAGUGUAGUUAGGGAAUUGGUUAUUCAUUCCUUAAUUGGAAUGCCUAAAACAGAAAUACAGAUAAUUUUCAAGCAUUUGAAAUAACAAUUUUAACAAAUAUUUUAUCACUUAAGGAAUGAAUUUUUAUGAAGAAUCUUUUGAUAGUAAAAUAUCCAACUUAAGGAACAUUUAAUUUUAAUAAUUUCCAGAAAAAUCGUUAAUUUUAGUUUCUACCGACUUUCUCUGACUAAAAAUAAUGUUUUAUUUUAAAAUUCUCGCAAGCACGUUUUUAAAACAAAUAAUUCUAAUAAUUUGUUUUCAUUUAACUCAGCUAUUAGGGACAUAAAUUACAAAAUUUGGAAUCCUGCCUUAAAGGCGUUUGCAAUAGAAAAAAAAAACACACAAAAUAAAUUAGAAUUAAGUAGUUAGAUAUUUACAUAUUUUUAUGUUUUGCCUUUAUUUAGAGUAAUUGGCAUUGAUUUCAUCAUCAUAUUUGAAUAUGUAUCUUUAUUUUUAUUAAUUAUUAUAGCUAAAAAUUGGAUAACAACUUCUGUACUUUUUUUUAUUCUUUACUCAAUAAGAUUUUAUUUAGUUUGUUGCUGAAAAGUCGAAUAUUUUAUAUAGUGUAAAAAAUGCCGCAAUUGUAAACAACAUUCUGGUUUUUAAUUCAAGUCCUUAUGCAUAAGAAUACUUUGGAGUAAAAAUAAAUUAAUUUUAAGAUAAUUCUUGAUUAACAACAAACUAAAUAAAAUCCUUUAAUAUUGAUUGAUAUA